AUGGAGACCAAGUCGGCCAGUGUGUCUCCCGAGCAGGAGAUACCGAGCUACAAUGAGAAGUCUAGUCAGUACUCUCCUGCGUUAGAGCCUCAGGUGCUCGAAAAGGGGCAGACGGUGCGCAUUGGUGAGGAUGAUGACUAUUAUAGCGACCAGGUGGUGAGCACGGCUCAAGAUCUCGUCACUCAUAUCAUCAAGGUCGAUGAUGAUCCAUCCUUGAACCCAUGGAGCUUUCGCAUGAUCUUCUUAGGAGCCGGUCUGUCCAUUUUCGGCGGCGUGCUCCAGGAGAUCUUCUACUUCAAGCCACAGACCAUCUACGUCUCGCAGGUCUUCCUCACGGUCAUUGCCUAUAUCCUGGGAGAGCUCAUGGCAUAUGUCAUUCCUCGUCGGGGCGUCAUCGGAAAGUUACUGAACCCGGGCCCUUUCAAUGCCAAAGAACAUGCCGCCAUUUCCCUCAUGUCCUCCGCCGCUACACAGUCCGCGCUGGCCACCGAGGCCCUGUCAGCGCAGCAGCUCUUCUAUGGUGGAUAUCCCAACCACGCUGCUGCCGUCUUCAUCGUGCUGUCUUCUCAGCUGAUUGGUUUCGGUAUCGCCGGUCUGCUGCGCGAUGUCAUCGUGCGGCCAACCAAGAUGAUCUGGCCCAUGACCCUACCCAUCAGCAGUCUGUUGGAGUCAUUGCACAAAGACAAGGCACAGUCCAAGGCACGGUUGAAGAUCUUCUAUAUCUUCUUCUUCAUCCUCUUCUUCUGGACCAUCAUCCCCGAGUACAUCUUUCCGCUUCUGGAAGGUUUCUCGAUCUUUUGCUUGGCCGAUCAGCACAGUCUGGUCUUCACGAACCUGUUCGGCGGUGCUUCCGGAAACGAGGGACUUGGAUUUCUCUCCCUUUCCUUCGAUUGGAACUACAUCGCCUCACUUGGUUCGCCACUGUGGUAUCCGCUGUACGCUAUGACCAACAAUUUCAUCGGAUAUCUGGGCUGUAUCAUCCUCUUCAUGGCCGUCUACUACGGCAAUAUCUGGCGUUCUCAAGACUUCCCGUUCUUGUCCCAGUUGCUUUACUACGGCGACUCCAACUCCACCUACUACAAUGAGUACAACCAGACCCUGAUCCUCAAUUCUGAGUACAUUGUCGACCCAGCGGCCCUCAAAGAGCAGGGUCUGCCCUGGCUGACCGGAACAUACGUGGUCUACCUCAUCACCUCCAACAUGGGAGUGACCGCCACACUGACCCACAUGCUGCUGUGGGAUUUCGACGAUAUCAAGAUCGGAUGGGCGUGGGCUGCCCCCAGCAAACUCAAGAAAUGGCUGAAGCUGGAGACAUACAAGUUCUGGAAAAACCAGGAAACCCCCGAGGAACGUCUCGCACGACGCGUCAACGACGACACACUCGAUCCACACUACCGUCUUAUGCUGCGCAACCUCUACCAGGAUACUCCGCUGUGGUGGUGGGGUGCUGUCCUGAUUGCGAGCUUUGCCGUUGGCUUAGGCUGCUUGUAUGCGAUGAAAUCUACGCUGCCGUGGUGGGGAUUCAUCGUCGGCAACAUCCUCACACUGGUGUUUAUGCUCUUCUUCGGUGCGCAAUACGGAUUGACUGGGUUUCAGUUCAACGUUCAGCCUAUUUGUCAGAUGCUGGCGGGCUACAUGUUCCCGGGGAAGCCGUUGGCCAACCUCUACUUCACCUGCUUCACCUACAACUCGCUACAGCAGGGACAGGUCUUGGCCAAGGAUCUACGAUUAGCGCAGCAAGUGCAUCUAUCUCCAAAGUGCACCUUCUUCGUGCAAGUGAUGGGCUGCAUCAUCGGUGCUUUAUUCAACUACCUAACACCCCCAAACCAAUUCAACAGUCUCGCCAUAGCCUGGAGUAUUGCCAACGACAUGUUCUCCAUCGGCGGCCGCUACGAAUGGGUCACAAUAGCCUACCUCGUCGGCUUCAUCGUGCCGGUACCCUUCUGGCUCGCCAACCGAUACUACCCGCACCCGAUCUUCUCAUACCUCAACACUUCCAUUAUCCUCUGGUACAUGGGCUGGUUGUUUGUGGGUAUUAACGCCUCCAUCAUGUCAUAUUUCCUGCUUGGAUUUGCGGCCCAGUUCUGGCUCAGACGGUACCAUCCCCAGCUGUUCAACAAGUAUAAUUAUAUUGUCUCGGCGGCGUUGGAUGGUGGCACGCAGAUUUGUGUGUUUAUUCUUACGUUUGCUGUGUUUGGGGGGAGUGGGGUGGAGCAUGCGUUUCCGACUUGGGCGGGAAAUCCCAAUACCGAUAUUCAUAAUUUGGAUUAUUGCAAGGUCAAUCCGGCGACUUUGUAG